AUGAGGACUUCAAUGUACUUCCGAUGGCUGGCAACUCCAGCCAAGGGGCCACAAAGCCUAAGCUGCGGCCUCUGCAGACACGCGAGCCAGAAAAGAAACGGCACUAAAAGAGAAGAAAGGGUAAUGGAAUUAGGCUCUGGAGGCCGCGAUGGAAAACUCCGGAGCUCAAGCCAGUGGGGAGUGCGCGUUAUCUACCAUCCCAACCGCAAGCAUCCGCAUCCCUCACAGCUUGAAGCCAUGGAUGGUCCAGCUUUGGGGGGUGGAGUGACCCUGAAAGAAGUGUUACAGGAAGACAAGACUGUGUUCUGCAUCUGGGAGUUGGAAAAAGUAUCUGGAAAUAAGUGUAAUGUUCUUUGUAUUAUUGAUCCAAAACUGUUUUUCCAGGCUUACUUUUUACAUCCUUUUUUACAGACAUACAAAAAUGAGGUGAAUGCACACAUAGUGAUACCUACAGAGAAAGAUCGGCCACCAAGUGAUGGAAGCAUUUCCUCUCCUCUUUGUGUAUCCUACCCUGUAAGCCAGAAAAAGAAAGAUGUCUACCGUACUAACCAGACCACCUUCAUCAUUGGAGAAACACCAAAAGGAAUCCGCAGGAAGCAAUUUGAAGAAAUGGCCUCUUACUACAAGUCAUCUGUGCAGGAAUUUGCUAGACAGGUAACCAGCACCACGUCUGAAGAGCGACAGAGGAUGCUCAGGGACUUCUACAGUCCUCAGCACCCAGAGGUAAAGGAGUUCUUUGUGAGUUCUGCUUCAGAGUUGAUCAGAUCUGUACACAAGGCAGAAGAGAGGAUCAAGAAUAAAUCCAGAGAAAAAGAAUCUCUUUCAAAAGAAAGGCCCUCGAAUUAUACUUUGUCAUGCAAUGAGCCCACCAACAAAAUGUCUCAAGUUCAAAACCCAAAACUAUGUAAAGGAAAGUCAAUCAGAUUUCAGAAUCAUGGUUCCCAUAGAGAAGAGACAUUUUCUAGUGAUGCAAAAAUUAAGAAAUCGUCUGUCAGCUUUACUCAAGAGAUUGACAGUGAGUGUAAUGACCACACACCCAAGAACACCAUGACACGCUUCUGUCCAAACAGCAAGUCUGAAACCCCAGAGAUAGAGCUAGAAGAUUCCUUAGUACAUCAGCAGGACCUCACAAGAGCAUGCAGUUCAAGAAACAGACCACUUUUCAAGUUGGGAAACAAAAGGGUAGAAAACCCAGUGUCAGAAAACACUCCUGUGGAAGGCUUACUUGGUGACACUUCUAUUCUUCAUGACCUCUUUAAAAGCCAUGGGGAAGGUCCCGCGCAGCUGCCAAAGAAUGUUCUUUCAGGGCCUGUGGCAAAAGCAAAGCAGAGACCAAAAGAUUUCUGGGACAUCUUGAGUGAGCAGAAUGAUGACAGUCUUAGCAAGCUCACUGACUUGGCAGUGAUAGAGACUCUGUGUACAAAAGUGCCCUGCUCCACAGCCUCCGAAAGGAAAGAUGAACUGGAAGCUUCCCUUUGGAAAGCAAAUGAGAAGUUUUUGUGGAAGACAUUUAACUCAGAUGAUGAUGAAAGCACAGCCAAUACACAGAGAGAAUAGAACCUGGAUGUGCCGUUAAACUGGUGUACCAAUGAAUACACAGAGAGAAUAGAGCCUGGAUGUGCCGUUAAACUGGUGUACCGGUGAAUACACAGAGAGAAUAGAACCUGGGUGUGCCGUUAAACUGGUGUACCGGUGAAUACACAGAUUAGAGCCUGGAUGUGCCGUUAAACUGGUGUACCGGUGAAUACACAGAGAGAAUAGAGCCUGGAUGUGCCAUUAAAUUGGUGUACUGGUGAACUGCCAGCCCUGUUUAUGGUACUAUAUGUAGGUAGCAUCCUCAACAGUUGUUUGCAGACUUGCUUACUAAAUUAAUUGCUGUAGGCUUAUUUUAACAUCCUAAAAUUUUAUCAUGGGUUUUCUUUCCCUCAUAUAUGUUUUAAUCACUAAUGCUCAAUUUAUACAGUGCUGGGGAUCAAGCCCAGGACUUCUUAUACACCAAAAAGCACUCUGGCCAACUCAGCUCCAUCUCCUGCCCCUGAUUCCAUCUUUGGAACAAAUGUGAUUGUAUCAUAUUAUAAACCCCUAUUAUUAAAUGAAGCCCUGGGCAUCUCCCCUCCUGUGUGAUUCUGUAACCUCUCAUGAAUGACUUGCCCUGUGUUUGCCCACUCCUCAUAUGAAAGAUAACAGGAUUGAGCCAGAUUAACAUAGCCUUCUACUUUUAAACUCUUACAGACUGUCCCAAAUCAGGUGGCAGCCACUGCACUCUUCUCGCUGGCAUUGGGAAGUUAUUGUUUUCCUUCUUCCUUGGAAUUAUGUUCUAGUACUAUUGAAUUGUUUUAGACAAAAGUUAGUAAUGAAUAUGUGGUAUUAUGUUAAAAUGGUAAUUUUAUAACUGCUCAGAGUAACGUAUAAGUUUGUGAGCUGUGAUGUUAAAGUAAUGGGAUUGUUAUCAUUGGCCAGAGUACCAACGCCUUAACUUUUCAUAUUACUAUGACUUAGUAAAUAUAAAUAAAGCUUUGUAUUUUAACUUUGUAUUUCUUAAAUGGAAGGAAAUGAAUAGACAUUUGAUUUUUAAUUGAAACCUCUUUCAUUGAAUUUAAUAUAUGUGGUUUACACA